AGGGAACCGAGGUGCGACUCGUCUGCCCCGCGACAAUCACUCUCGCAAUGGACAACGAGAUUCCCCUCCCACCCGCCGCGGCGCAUCCGGCACCGAUCGCCCGCCCGCGCAAACGCAAGCGGUUCCCCCGCCACGUCGCUUGCACCAUCAUUCCGUAAAGCGCGUCGGCUUUCGCGCUUCGAUGACCGCUCCAGUCAGCCAUCUAGUGAUCCAGCGUUAUUCUCCAGCGACGAUAUCCCCGCGUCGGGAUUAGAGAAUUAUCAUGCGCCUGCAAUGGGGGCUGGACGGAAGAGACGAUAUCGUGGAACGUGGUGGGGGGAACAGGUGAUUGAUUCGAAGAGGAAAAGGGGGGACUUCAAGGAGAAGCGCAAUGUCGAUAGUGGUGUUUGGAUGGGGAGUGAUGAGUCGGGUGCUGAUUCGCUUUUUCCAUCCGAGGAUGGUCCUUGGGGCGAGGAUCUCCUGAAGACGGUGCUUGAUCCGAAGGCUCAGGGGAAGCCUGCCCAGGGCCCUUUGGUAUUGCUUCCCAGUGGCAAGGCUGCACCGCCGGUUCUUCCUUUGCCAAUUUUGAAGGGACCCCACGAGUCGGAGGAACAGCGGUUCGCGAGGUCUGUGGUGAAUGAUUGUUUAGAGAAAGGGGAGGAUAUUGUUGAUCUUGGGAACUUUAACCUCAGAAUUAUCCCGUCAGGUCUAUUCCGGCCUCUACAACAUCUGACGAAGUUGCCUUCCGUAGAGCAGGCCCCCUUGUCUGAAAAUGCUUAUUCUUCGCUACAGCCUUUUCUCAGUAUCUACCUUCCUGGAAACUCUCUAAAUGAACUCCACAAUGAGUUGUUUGAGCUGAGCGGCCUAAAAGUCCUCAGUGUGCGGAACAAUGAACUCCACGAAAUCCCCUACACAGUUCAGAAACUAAAGGAGUUGGAGGUUUUGAAUGUUUCUGUGAACAGACUGACUUAUUUGCCAUGGGAGCUCCUACGCCUACUCCAGCAUGGCGAGCUGAAACACAUGACCGCAUAUCCCAACCCAUUCCCUUCAAUUGAAGAAGCCACCAUUGCUAAAUGGCAUCGCGAACCCGAAAAGAAGACCACAGACCAACCUUACGACGAAUACGACUCUGAACAAGAUGAACCAGAAAUUACCCUUGAAACCCCUCGAUUUGACAUUUACGAGGAUUCUCCUCCAGCUGAGGCAUGGACUACCAUUCAUGUGGCUACCGGCCCAACUACACGGCUGGACAUGGAAGGGCGACCAAUUGAAGAGAACCUAGUCUCAAAUAUGAUGAUUCCAUCAUCGGACCCGGUCCCUACCGCUCCCUCCUUGCGCGAAGUCGCACUCCGAGCUGUAUGCAAACUUCCAGACCUCGAGCACGUCACCGAUGAAGAGCUAGCAGAGUUCCCUGCUUUGGUGAUCCCAUUGAUGCAGCAGGUGAAAAAAAUACGCGCAGCAGGUGGUCAGCAGUGCUCCAUAUGUCAGAAGGAAUAUAUCAUUCCUCGGACGGAAUGGCUCGAGUGGUGGGAUUGCACGCCUUAUGAAAAGGGCAUGAAGCUUGCGCGGGCUUCGGGUGAGAAGCUUCGCCCGUUGCCGUUCAAACGCUUUGGCUGCAGUUGGGUCUGUGUUCCAAAGUAG